AUGCUGACUCAAGUACACCCAGUUCCUCUAACGGAAGAAAAUUUGAAGAAACACCAGAGAGAAACGACGUCAAAUAGGAUAUCUUUGAGGGACACCAAAAGAAGAUCCAAAAGUGGAAAAAGCCUUCGUUCCGCUGGCGACGGUGAGAGUAUCAAGUUUUAUAGGGAAGAAGCGCUAAAUGCCUCACUUGAUGAAAAUCAAGGUUGCGAAAAGAAAAAGUUUUCAGAAGGGGAAUCACCAGGCGAUUCUGCGACGAAUUUUGCUGAAGACAUGAAUGAAGAAAGGAAGACAAACUCCAAGCCGGAAAUUGCCGCCAAAGAGGUAGAGAUUAAGCCAAAAGCUGAUAGUUCAGCUCUAACUGAAAAGGAAGAAUUGUCCGAAGGAGAGGAAGGCGAUAAGCCUUCUGACAACAUUGCUGCAAACGAGGCAGAAACUAAUCCAAAAGGUGAUAAUUCAGCUCUUAUUGAGAAGGAUGUAUUGUCUGAACAAGAAGAAGGUGUUGAGUUUUCUCAAAAGGAGAAGGGAAGCCAUGAAUACGACGGCGAGAACGCUGAUGAAUCUGAGAAGGAACUGGGUGAAAGCGAACAAGAAGGUGAGGGUGACGAAGAUGAUAAUUCUGAUGAAUCUUCUGAUGAAUCUAGUUCGCUUGAUAGCGAAAGCGAUGUAGUUACGGCUGUAGCCAAAAAUGACAUUAAAAACGCUGAAGACACAAAUGAAACAGGUACAUCUACUCGAUCAUCUUCUCCAGUGGGUGAUGAAGAUGACGAAGACGAUGACUAUUCAGUUGAUGACGACGAUGACGAAACUGAGGACGAAGAGGAGGCUGAAGAAGCCGAAAAAAGUGAAGACGAGCUGACUCACUACAGUAGCAGCUUGAACGCAAGCGUAAGUAGCAUCCCUACUCUUUGUGACGACAGGGAAGAGAGUCCUGAAUCACUCAACAGUUCCGCAGAAGAGUCACCUCGAGAAAGCCCCGGCCAAGAAAAAGGCGAAGGUGAAGGACAGGAUCAAGAGACUGAAGCUGCCAGACAUGUGAUAACUGAAGGAGAUGAGGUGAAAGUAGAUGAGGAAGAAGACCCUGUAGCUGAAGAUUUACAUGCAGAUAAAGAAGAAGAAAGGAGUCAUAACACCCCUCCGGAUAGUAGACAGGUCAGCGGAAGGUCGGCAACACCCCGGACUGUUGCGGUAAGCGAGUUUGAUGAUGUAGAGAGCACGAUAUUUUAUCGCCGAGAACUGAGCCGACAGGGCAGCAGCUCACGGAAUGCUUUAACUUCAUCUGCGAACAGUAGGAGAUCUGAUGUGUCAAUCAAAAACUGGGCUGAGUUUGGUGAGCGUGGCCGUGUGACUAGUAACGUGGAAGAGGUGACAGAAGUUGUUGAUUGUUCGAUGAAAGACAACGUUCGCAAACGAUUGAUGACCAGAAAAAUGCGCAAUGCUAAGCAAGGAAAGACGAAUAUAGACAAAACAAAAGUAGUUAAGCAGCAGCCUGCUUUACAAAGAACGGGGAAGAAAACUGGUGAUAUUCAUUUUAAGGGGAGACCUCAGUUAAAAAAACAGAGCUCGCACAGCAGUGAUAAUUCCGACGUGUUAAACACACGACAACAAAAACUUAUUCGCAGAAAACGAAGACCAGUGAAGCAGGUUUCCUUUGACAAUUUUAACAUUCAAAACAGCACCAAAAUAUCUACAAGUGAUUCUGCUUUCUUUGGAAGUCGAACUGAAAGUAGGGGCGACGAAAAAUCAAGCACAAAACCUCCAGAAAGCGAGCACAGUGGCAGAGUUAGCAGCCGGUGGACUGGUGCGGAAACCGAACGCGUUUCGUCUACAAGUACACGGCCUGUAAGUACGGUCCAGUCUCCACGCAGUAAUUUAUCGACAAGUCAGCGCUCUGGGCAGACAUCUAUAGUUGAUGUAAUGACAGCUGUCAAUUAUCCACCGGCUGUAAUCUAUGGAAAGAAGUCGCAUCUUCCUUCUAUGCGUCCUCGGCGACAUGGUGCACCCAAAAAUAAACCUAAGAAGAGCCAAUCGGCUAGCUCAAAGAUGACAACCAAAACCACUGGUGGGGAGAGUUCAAUGAUGAGACGCGUGUUGUCUGCUAACAAACACAAAGUUUCAAGACUUUACAAUAUUUUGGAAGAACUACAGCAAGAAGUCGAAGAACUAAAGGACGAGAAUAAAUCUCUGAAAAGAGUGAGCCAUCGACAAGAGAAGCAAAUUAAGAAAAUCGACGAAGAGGAAGCAAGUUUGCCCAUGUUGCUUCAAAGGCACAGCGCAGAGAUGCGAACUUUGAAAGAGAGAAUGAGAAAAAACCAAGAAGUUUUGCACAAGAAAGAGAGGGAAUCUAAAGAAAGAGACGCCGAGAUUCAGAAAUUGCGUGACAAAGUCAAGAGUUUUCGAGUACUAUCACAAGACAGGAAACUUGAAGAACGAGCGGCUUUGGCGAAAAAGUUAGAUAACGUCCAGGACGAAAUAGCGACAAAAGACAAAAAGAUAUUGGAUCUAGAAAAAGCUAUCGCUCUUAAAGACAAGGCAAGACAGCGAGAGAUGAAGGACCAAAGAGAGCGCUACAAGCAGGCGAAAGAAGAAUUAAAACGGGUCCAAGACGAUUUCCGCUCGCUGCGAGAAAGAUUGAAGGAAAAAGAGAGAGAAUUGGAUGAGAAGAACAUCUAUCAUCAACAUAUUGUACAGAAGAAGAAGAAAGUUCCAAAUUUACCAGCACUCCCUGCGGGCAGCCAGGGCAUUCAUGCACCCGCUAUCACUGCUCCAGCGGUUCACAUUGAAAAAGCGCCAGAUACGAAAGAGAAAAGAACAAAUGUAUUUUUGACAAAUGCGGCGAGCGACUCUGGUUCGGUUGUAACGGAUGAAGGGAGGGACACAGAUGAGAAGUCUGAAAAAGUCAGCGUUAAUCAUGAACUUCCCGUGGUUUCUGAACAGACGAGACAUGGUGGGGUCCUCCAAGUUGAUGGAAAGGAAGACGAAGAGAAGAAAAGGAGAGAAGCUAAGGAGAGAAGGAGACACGAGGAGGAAGUGGAGCAGAGACGGCGCAUAGACGAGGAAGAGCGCAGAAGGAAAGAAGAGCAAGAGAAACGAAAGGAAGAAGAACACGAGAGAAGAUUGCGAGAAGAGGAGGAACAAUUAAGGAAACAACGAGAGGAACAGGAACGAGCCAUGAAACAAAAGGAAGAAGAAGAAAAAAAGCGGUUUGAUGAAGAAGCUGAGAUCAGACGGAAGAAAGAUAUGCUGCUGGCGCGCAUGCGAGCGAUUGAUGCGGGAAACGAGAAAACAGACACUGUGACUGCAACCAGAGGGACUACUGGUCCCCCUGUGGAAGACAAACCCAAAAAAGUUCCGAUUUUCCUCCAGAGCGAUAAACCUGUGAAAACUGAGCAGGAGCCAGUGAAGCCUCCAAACGCGGCAAGUUCGGAUGACGAUAUUCUGUCCGAUACCAGUGGCGGCAGAAAGAAGUUCAGCGCCAGCUCUAGACAAAGCCGCUUCUCGUACGAUUUCAAACAAACUGUAGAAAAUCUUCAUCAUGGUCUCCCUGCGCAUGCUGCACAGGAGGGCGUAAAACCAGAGGCCCAAAAAUCGGACACGAAAGACUCUCUGUCGGACGAUCUAAGUUUUGGUACUUACAAACCUACACUGGGCAGAAGGGCUGCCGCCAAAAGAGACAAUAAAGACGAUUUGAGUUUUGGAGGGUAUAAUCCUUCUUUUGGUUCGAAUAAAGAGACAGCUCGUAAAAAUAGCGGUCUUAACUUUGGCACCGGGAAGAAAAACGCUACUGAAAAAGAACAAAACGGUGUCAUCUUUGGGGAUUAUAACCCUUCUUUUGGAGGGUCGCGUGAGCCAGCAACUUCCAGCCUACCAAACGGUGACAUUGGUGGAAAGUCAAGUCCCCCACGUGGUCGCAGACCAAGAAAUUAUGGUGGUGGAACAGCAUCUUUGUUUGACGACGAUCUUUUUACAAAUGAGGAAGUCAAACCUUCGGGUAAUCCUCUGUUUGGAGACAGCUCCAUAAAAAAAGACAAAUCAUCUUACCCAUGGGAAAACAAAGUAAAUGUUACAAGAUCUAACGUAUCUCAAGAGGAUUCUCUACUGCCUCGCAGGAGACAUUUGCAAAGUAUCGGAAAAAGCACAGAGAAAAAUGUACGCGCUGUAGAUAAUGCGCUGGAUGAUAUUGAUGACGAGAUUGAGGAAGUUAUUCUAUAAUAAAGAGUUUUACAAAUUAUCUAAAUUAUAAUAUACAUAAGUAUUUAAGAGACGCGUUACCUUCGCGCAGAAGAUCUUCGGACAGUUUGAGAAGUUAGCCAUGACAUUUUUUUUUGUUGUGACAUCCAUUUAUAAGAACCUCUAUUAAUUUUCUCAAGUACUGUCCGUUAUUGAGGCUAAACCCAAACGAUGUCGCGUUUUAAUCGAUGACGCAAAU